UCGUGUGAUACAUGUCAGCGGAUGAAGAGCAGCAAGCAGAAAAAGGCGGGACUACUGCAGCCUCUUCCUGUCCCAGAACAGCCAUGGCAAGUGGUCAGCCUCAACUUCAUCACCGUGUUACCACCUACCACCAGUGGUCACGACGCAAUCCUUGUCGUCAUCGACAAGUUCUCCAAAAUGGGACAUUCAUCCCGACACACACGACGGCACGCACCGAGGAGACAGCACAACUCUUCGUUCGUCACAUCAUCUCACAGCAUGGCAUCCCAACCACACUCAUCUCCGACCGAGACCCAAGUUCACCAGCAAGUUCUAGAAGGAACUUAUGUCUCUCCUCGGGACCAAACUCGCCAUGUCAUCCGCUUAUCAUCCGCAGACAGACGGACAAACCGAACGCCUCAACCAAAUUGUUGAAGAACUCCUCCGAGCAGCCUGCAAGGACGAGAUUUCCAAAUGGGACCUGCACCUGCCCGUUCUGGAGUUUGCUUACAACAACGCUACACAUGCGCUACUGGACAGACGCCGUUCUUCCUCUGCUACGGACGCCACCCACUCACACCACAGAAACCGACCACAUCCGCUACAGUACAACCUGCACAUGAUUUCAUCACAACAUGCAUCAGCU